AGGUCUGGGGGGAACUGCAACUGUUGAAAUUCAACAUAAAAAUCUGCAGUCCAGAUAGACUUUUUGAACACCUGUUGAGAUCAUAACAUAACUCAACUUCUUUGAAUGCAAACAGAAAGUUCCAACAUAGUCAAACAACUUGCAAGGGAAGUUAAAGCAACGUUCAAGUUUUUCUAAUGUGCAAAAGGGAUUGCUGCCCUCUCCUGAACUAAUACAAAAAUAAUAUGGAGGAUUACAUCAAAGAAAGAGAAGACAGAGAAGUCAUUUGGUCCCUGUUGUCAAGGGAAGUAGAGACGCUAAACCAAUUGAAGCUUUGUGAAAAGUUUGAAGUGCUAUUUUAUGAACGACAGGGAAAGAGGUUAGAAACAGAUCAGGACACAAAUUACAACAAUGCUGAGCCUUGUUAUCCAACCUUAGAAAAGAAAGAUGGUUUUCAAGAAGUGGAAGACAAAAGAGUUUUGCACCUUGCACUGUCAGAGGAUGCAGAAAGGUUGAGGCAGUUGAAGUUCAAUGAACAAUGUGAAGCACAAUAUCAUGAAAGACAAGUAGUCAACAUUUCUAGCAAUGUACAUGUAAACCAGGAUGGUUUUGACAAAGAUCCUGACAACAAAAUAGGAAAUAUCAACAUAGGGAAUGUAGAAGAAGAAAGAACUGAACAUGAUACAGAACUUGAGAAACUAGUUAAGAUGGAAGAGGAAGGCAAAGAAGAAGAAGAGGAGGAGCAGAUAAAUUGUUACCCAGAAGAUGAGAAGGAAGGAACUGAAAUAGAUGAUGAUGACCAAGAUGGCUGCAAUGCAAAGCAACCACCUGUUACAGAAUUCGAAGUGCAUUCUUGGAUAGGUACAGAUUCUCCAAUAGAAAUGAAGAAAGUUGUUUUGGAGGAGCAAAAUAAAGAGGAAGAAAGAAGUUUCCAGUCAGUUGCUAUCCAGACAGAAAAUAGUAGUAGUACUUCUGAUAAUGAAAAUCUGAGAAAGGAUACCAGAGAGAGUGAAACACAGACUGACCCACCAGACAUAACUUCAAGUGACAAGGACCUGACAAAAGUAGCAGCAAGUUUGGGUACAGAUUCAGAGCUGCUGAAAACGAUGAGGGAGGAAAGAAGCAAAAGGCUGGUGAUGGAGCAGAUGGUGAAGAUUGUUGAAUCUGAGGCCAACGAACAGAGAUACCAGCUUCUGGCUGAGAAGAACAGAGCAGACAAGCUAGAGAUGGACUUGAUUGACACCAAGGCUGAGUUGUCACACACCACUAGUCUGGCUGUGGAGUACAAAACCAGAGUUUUCGACCUGGAGGACAGUCUACAAGGAGCUAGGAAAAUGAUCACGAAUUUAGAAGAAAAGCUGACUGGAACUGAGUAUUUCAAAGGUGGAGUGGACUAUAUGUUGGAAAAUAAGUUGGCACAGACCAGGACCACAGAGGCAGAGAAAAAAUUGCAUGGUGUGCAAGAAGAACUUCUUCAAGCAAGGAAUGAAAUCAAUCGACUCCUGGAGAAACUGUCAGAAGUCAACAGAGAAAAGUCAGAAAUGGUGUCCAGUACAGUACACCUGGAGUUACUGAGGAUAGCAGAUGAAAGAGCAGCACAGGCCGAGAAAAAAACCAUGGAGCUUGAGAAACAGCUGCAUGACACAAAGAAAACUCCACAACAGACUGGGAGAAAUGUCGGUGACCGUAGCCCUGUCCAGUCCCCUGUAAAAUUGUCAGAGAUAGUGCCAAGGCCCUCCAGGGCACAUACCGUCAGCGGCCUAAUGAGCAUCCCAGAACUGCCGGAUUUUUCCACCACAAAACCAGACAUCACCAAAGUGUUGCCCUCUCUGCCACACACCACAGCAAAACAGGUCACCCCUCUACUAGCCAAUGAAAACAGUGACUCAGAGGGCUGGUCAUCAGAAGAGGAAACUCCCAAGCCAGUCCCAGCGAGGGACAGUCCAAAAUCCACAGCCAAAGGGCCGCUGCAUACAAGAAUCGGGGUCAAACUUCCUGUUCCCGCAUUUCUACAACAGACCAGAGAAGGUGCAAGGAUACCAGGGAGCACUAUCAGAGCAACUGAAAAAGAAAGGUCAAAGCCCCCCGUACCAGCCAAGCCAAUGGUUGCACCCAAACCCACCAAGAUGACGUCACCAUCACCCCAGACGCAAACAUCAGCUGCCCCCACUCCAAAGACCAAACAGGGGCAACAAGUGGAACCCCCCUCAUCAUUUGAAAAGGCUGCAGAGAAGCCACAGACUCAACUGCACAGAAGAGUCCAGGGGCCCAGCGGUCGCAGGCUACCUCAGAGGCACAGCAAAAAACCUGCUGGGGGAAAAUCAUAGCCGAUAGCAACUCCUUCCAGUUUCUUAAGGUUGAUACAGUAAAAACUGUAGUAUUCUACUAGUUAAUACAUUGCCGUGCAAUUGGUUAUGGAUGUACAGUUUUUAACUUUCUUACUUUGACAUUCAAAUUGUUGAAUUGUUUGUUAACUACAUUGUAGUUCCUGUUGUAGUAUGUUGUACACAAAGAUUUCCACUGAUUCAGUAUUACUGCAUUGUUGGAAUGACCUACUCUUGCACAAUCAGGUAAAAUGUGUAAUACUUUGUAUUAUGAUUGAACAUGAGAAUCUUCAAGGUAUUAAUGUAAAAGAUUA